AUGUUGAAUAAUGCUUUACAGUCUAAUGUUGAAGGGACGGUGGAAAACCAUCGUGUUUGGGCGCUCUGGUCGGCAGUGGCUGUCGUUCACUUCUCCUUGGUCAGUGAGUAUCAGCGUAAGCUCUACAGACAUGUAACAAAAACCACCUGUUCUCAGAUCUGCACGACGGAAACGUGUGUCCAGAAGUGCUGUGGCGACGGAGAGGCUGUGGAGCUAGCAUCGAAGAGCUGCAUAAAACGGCAUGUGGGCGGAUUUUCUCCCGAAUUCCGUACGCUCCAAGGAAGUCCAAUCCCAAGACCCACAAAUAUUUUGGUGAUCGAGAAGAUACCCGUUUGCGAAUUGUUGGUUCUCCUCAACCCCCGCGCCGGUCCAGAACAGGAGUUCUACCUACUCCAGAGUGGGACUUUGUAUGAACCGUACAAGAGCGCAGAAUUCAUGCCGGGCAGAUACUGUCUGGAAUACUUCGUGGAAAUGUCAGCCGACGUCGCCUUCGUAUGUCGGGAACCUCUAAGUAAGGCCUUAAUAGUCAAGAACCAGUUGCAGGCGGCCGGGUUGGUGGUGUCGUGUGUGUUCCUGUCGGUGACCAUCGUGUGCCACCUCGCCAUCAAACAACUGCGCGACAUCCAGGGCCUCUGCCUCCUGUGCCACAUGGUGUCGCUGCUGAUCGCUGACGCUGUCCUCUUCACGGGGUCUCAGUUCUCCAAAAUAAUUAGCAAGUCCCACUGCGUCUUUAAUGCUUUUCUCCUACAGUAUUCAUUUCUCGCGACGUUCUUUUGGCUCAAUGUCAUGUGCUUUGAUGUAUGGCGCGUCAUUAAAGCGACCGUGGAGCUGGUGCCACUGCGGGGUAUCUUAGCCAAUGACGCCAAGAAGUUCAAGCUGUACUGCGCGUAUGCUUGGGGCGUCCCUCUGGCCGUGACGCUGGUGACCACCGUGAUGCAUUUCCUGCCCGACGAGAAGGUUUCGGACGCGGUCCUUCGGCCGGGCUUUGGCCUGGAAUCUUGCUGGUUCAGUGGGGAUUUUGAACUUCUGAGUUACUUCUACGGGCUGGUCGGUCUGCUGUUUCUCCUGAACCUGAUUUUCCUCGGCCACACACUCGCGAUGCUGUUCCAGGCUGGCGUCGCCUUCACCCAGUGCUGUUCUCGGAACACCAGUUCACUCACAGCUUUCAACCGGAAUCACAUCGAUGCCUCCUGGCAGCGGUUUAGCCUCUUCUGUUUGAUGGCGCUCUGUUGGGUCACGGAAAUUCUCUCCUGGAAAAUUUAUCCUCUGGAAAUGUGGAUCCCGACAGAUGUCAUCAACUCCCUGCAAGGCUUCAUCGUGUUCGUGAUCUUCGUAACGAGCCGGAAGAAGCGCGAGAUCGUGAAACGGUCGUGGAAGGGCGCCGUGUCCACCGUGUCCCAGGCAGUGAUGAAAAUCUCUCGCACGGACGAAACCAGCGUCGAGUUUCACGUGAGCAACAGCCAGGUGUGCACCAGAAACCCCGGCGGCUCGUCCUCGGACAACAGCAACCUCACCGAGGAAAUGACUCCCGACUUGGGCGAACGGAAGGACCCAGGGAGCGGUCAUGGGGAGGCUUCACAGGCGGGGGAGGCAUCGGCGGCGGGGGAGACUAACCCAAGCUUCCAGAAAGCGGAUUAAAGAGGAUGUGAGGAUGUUAUCAGAAUUCAUCUUCUGAUAUGAAUGACUGUGCGGUUGGAAACUGAAAGGUUGCCCGGCAAAGGUGCAUUUAGUUGAAAUUAUAAGGUCUAGUAAUGUUUAUACACAUUCGCUACAAGUGGAUUUAACUUAGAAUACGGUACAUAUCUUACAAUACGUGUUUGGUGGAUAUCAGCAAAUUUUAAAUGUACAUAUAUAUAUGUAUGUACAUAAACAUAUACAUACGUAUACAUACAUAUAUAUAUGUUCAUAUACAUAUAUACACAUAUGUGUAUUUAUGCACAUAUAUGCAGACAUACAUAUACGGGUAUAUAUAUAUGUAUAAAUAUAUAUACAUGUGUAUAUAUAUAAAUGUAUGUGUUUAUAUAUAUCUAUAUAUAUUUCAUUUACUGAAUUUGUAAGUACAAAACUGGGGAGAACAUUAUCCUAAGGUCACACUUAUUGUUACAUGAAAAUAUAUGACCUAAGGAUUUUUUUUUUCCAUUGACAUGAUAUUCUUCUUGUAUGUUAGUGAAAAGACAAAAGAACGAACCAGAUGGAUUAAUGAAUGGUAGACAUAUUAAAGAAAAUAUAGGAAGCAUUAACCAGUGGAAAGGAAAGCAUAACAGAUACGCCGGAGGAAAGGUUCCGUCAGUGUGGUUGGUGGAUGUGGCGCCGGAAAAGAAAACGGAGUUGAGGUGGCGCCGAAAAAGAAAACGGAGUUGCGGUGGCGCGGAAAAGAAAACGGAGUUGAAGUGGCGCCGGAAAAGAAACGGAGUUGCGGUGGCGCCGAAAAAGAAAACGGAGUUGAGGUGGCGCCGGCAAAGAAAACGGAGUUGCGGAGCUGCGGCGAUAAGAAAAAGCAAGAGUUUUCAUGGUGUGCAUGCAAAUGUAUUAAUCUUUCAGUGCCUAUGAAAUUAUACUGAACAUUCAGCCGGACGUAAAAUUUGCCUUUACUAUUUAGAGGAAAUCGAAACAAGAGGUACACAUAAGAGUGAAUCCCAGAAACAAAUAUAAAUCCAAAAUUACAUUAGAGGCACCGAAACAUUAUUUUGGGGAAAGGAAGUCUUUCCAUCGCGUUUUGGGAAAGUCUCUUAUUAUUAAGAUUAUCAGUGAUGUCCUAAUCAUCAUCAUCUUUGUAACUACUAAUGCUACUACCGUUUGCCCCAUUGUUACAAUAGCAUUGUUAUCAAUAUCACGGUUUUUGUUAAUGAGUUAUCAGUAGCACUCAUAAUUUUCAUGAUGUUGAUCAGGGUUAUUAAGAUUAUUGUCUUUUCUCUUCCUAUUAUUAUCGCUUUAUCAUGAAAUUAUUAAUACUGUGAUUAGUGAAUUUCAUUCAUUAAAAUACAGACUCAUUCGAA